GCCCGGCCCGGCCCAGCGCGGCGGCGGCGAUGCGGAGCCGGGGCGAGCGGAGCCGCGGGUAGACGGAGCUGAGCCAUACUCGCGCAUCAGACCCGGCCGCAGAUUCCAUAGACUCUCAGCUUGGCAAUCUGAAAAAUGCAUUAUCUUAUGCUGCUGUUGAAGUGAAAACAGUUAUCCAGCAAAUCGAUUCCAUACAGCAGUCAGCAAUGCCUAUGGCUGGGCUCCGGCAAAAACUUCCAAAGCAUUCUAAAUGAAGUGAGCCAAAGAAAAUAGCAUCAUCACUGCAAAAAUGUAGCUUAAUUUGCACGUUAGAAAAAAAAAAAUCCCCAUCCCAUUCCAGCAAAAUAUUAAGCAUUUUACUGGGGAAGCUGGGAGAUAACAUAAAUCUUUAUAGACAACUUGGCUGCGAGCAGUUAAACUGAAAUAAACUUGUGCCUUUGGCUGCAGCGCUGGUUUGGGGUUUGCGUGUGACGCUCUGCAGACUAAACCAUGCCGGCGUUAUCAGCUGGAUCUGGAAGUGACACAGGUCUGUACGAGCUGCUGGCUGCAUUGCCAGCCCAGCUGCAGCCACAUGUGGACAGCCAGGAAGACCUGACCUUCCUCUGGGAUAUGUUUGGUGAAAAAAGCCUUCAUUCACUGGUGAAGAUUCAUGAAAAACUGCAUUAUUAUGAGAAGCAGAACCCGAUGCCCAUUCUCCAUGGUGCAGCAGCCUUGGCAGAUGAUCUGGCUGAGGAGCUGCAGAGCAAACCACUGAGCAGUGAGAUCAGAGAGCUGUUGAAACUCCUUGCAAAACCCAAUCUCAAGGCUUUGCUGUCUGUACAUGAUACUGUUGCUCAGAAGAACUAUGAUCCUGUCUUGCCCCCCAUGCCUGAUGAUAUUGAUGAAGAAGAAGAUUCAGUUAAAAUAAUUAGGCUUGUCAAAAACCGGGAACCGUUGGGAGCUACUAUUAAAAGGGAUGAACAUACUGGUGCAAUUGUGGUGGCCAGGAUAAUGCGUGGAGGAGCAGCAGAUAGAAGUGGGCUUAUUCAUGUUGGUGAUGAACUGAGGGAAGUCAAUGGGAUUCCUGUAGAUGAUAAAAAGCCUGAAGAAAUAAUACAUAUUUUGGCUCAGUCUCAAGGAGCCAUUACAUUUAAAAUUAUACCCAGUGUGAAGGAAGAAAUGCCAGUGAAGGAAGGCAAGAUGUUUAUCAGAGCCUUAUUUGACUAUGAUCCUAAUGAAGAUAAAGCAAUUCCUUGUAAAGAAGCUGGACUUGCUUUCAGAAAAGGAGAUAUCCUUCAGAUCAUGAGCCAGGAUGAUGCAACCUGGUGGCAAGCCAAACAUGAAGGUGAUGCCAAUCCCAGAGCAGGCUUGAUCCCUUCAAAGCAUUUCCAGGAGAGGAGAUUUGCAUUAAGAAGACCAGAAGUGCAGGUUCAGCCACUGAAAAUUUCCAACAGAAAAUCAUAUGCUGAAUGUGCUGGUCACAACAGUGGAUCCUAUCUAGCUGGUUUUAGAAGAAGCUUUCGUCUUAGCAGAAAAGAUAAAAAAACAAACAAGUCCAUGUAUGAGUGCAAGAAGAGUGACCAGUAUGAUACAGCAGAUAUCCCAACCUAUGAAGAAGUUGCAAAAUAUAGACGACAACCUAAUGAGAAAUACAGGCUUGUUGUUUUGGUUGGUCCUGUAGGGGUUGGACUGAAUGAACUUAAAAGGAAAUUGCUAAUCAGUGACACGCACCACUACGGGGUAACAGUGCCACACACUACCCGUCCAAGGAGAAGCCAAGAAAGUGAUGGUGUCGAAUACAUUUUCAUUUCCAAGCACUUGUUUGAGACAGAUGUACAGAAUAACAAGUUUAUCGAGUAUGGCGAGUAUAAGAACAACUACUAUGGAACAAGUUUAGACUCUGUUCGGUCAGUUCUAGCUAAAAACAAAGUUUGUUUGUUGGAUGUGCAGCCUCAUACAGUGAAACACUUGCGGACAUAUGAGUUUAAACCAUUUGUUAUAUUUAUAAAACCUCCAUCACUUGACCGUUUGAGAGAAACCAGAAAAAAUGCCAAGAUUAUUUCAAGUAAAGAUGAUAAGGGAACUGCAAAACCCUUUACUGAAGAAGAUUUUCACGAAAUGAUUAAAUCUGCCCACGUGAUGGAGAGCCAGUAUGGCCACCUUUUUGACAAGGUGAUAGUCAACGAUGACCUUGCUACAGCUUACAGUGAGCUUAAAACAACUUUUGACAGACUGGAGACCGAGACCUUCUGGGUUCCUGUCAGCUGGCUACACUCAUAGCAACGUUUUAGGCAGACAAAACCUCUGCUGUUGUAUCAACAUCUAAACUUUGGGCAUGGUUAAGCUUUUACUUGAUGGCUACUUUCUUGGGAGGAGGGAUUUCAGCUCUUCUGAGCAGCAGGUAUACUCUUCAUGCACUUGGAACUGGUCUUGUUUUCCUGGGUCUUCAAUUCUGCUGCCCACGGUUUGGGGCAGAACAGUCAGAUUAAACCAGAGAUUUACUGUGCUCCGUAAAGUGAGUAAUAAUAGUGUAGCAAAACUGCCAAACACCUCUUUAUCAUCAUCUGUGUGUCUCCAAGGUGAGUGUUUUUAACACAGAGCUUGCAGAAGAUACAAAUUGAUGCUGGAGAUCAGCACUUCAGUGGUUUUAAGCAUAACUGUUCCCAUACAAGAGCACAUCAGCACUUGGAAGUUAUUGCCCUUUCAGUGUUUGAGAGAACUGAAACAGGCAAAAGAGACCAACAUUUUUAUGAGGAAGACACCAUAGUUUUAAUUAUGUAUCAAUGUGUUUUUACUUUUCUAGAUGUGAACCUUGUCUUACAUGUACAGACUGAUUUAAAUAUUCUUUUGCAAUUAACAUAAUCAUGGAAAGAAAGAUGUAUUCAGUGAAACACUCAGCUGUGAGCAUGCAUGGAUUGAAAGUAUUUUCAGGCAUGCUCUGUGGCAAAACAAAGAAAAGUCAUGGGAAUAAUUAUUUAAAUAGGAAAAAAUGUGGGUUAGUGUGUAUAUAACUUCAAAGUCUUUGGGAUUAAACUUCUGUAAAAUCAGUGGCAAAGUGAUGUGAAUAGCAACAAAGUAGAGAAUAAUUUUUCCCCCUUUAAAUUGGUUUAAAAUAUUUUUGGCACACUUUAGAACAAUUUUCCCAUCAGAAAUUUUCAAACAAUGAAGAAACCUUGGGCAUCUGAGAAACAGUUGAAAGAGAUCAAUUCUUUUAUUGUUGAGUAUGUACUGAUACUUUUUAGUAGAGUGACAUGUAUUUUGUCUCCACUCAAAAAUAAAUUAAUGCUGUGCAGUUCACUGUAAAAAACAUCCUUGUCACUGGAAACAAGACAGUUGGAAACCCCAUUUUAAGAUUUGAUGUGUCAGUGUUAAGCAAAUGUAUAUUAGAGGAAUGUAUUUUUAAUAUAGAUAAUUUGGUAUUUUUCUUUAUUUACUACUGAAAUGCAGGAAAUGAGUACAGAUGUAAAGACCAAGUAACACCUGUGUGUUGUGUUGUGAAUAUGUCUUGUAAGUACAGAAUGUCUAUAGGAACUUGCUGACUUUAGAUCAUCCCAUCUGUGGCAUUCAAACAGGAAACCAUUAUUUCAUGUUAAUCUGUAAAGAGAAUAUAGUGCUCUUGUUUAAAGAAAAAAGAAUUUAGUGAAACUUUAUAUAUUUAUGAAAGGGUUGAAAAGGGAUGUUAAGUUUUUAAAUUUCUUGUCAAUGUGAUCAUUUAUUAAAGAGAUUACUAGUCUGUAAUUUGAAACAGUCUCUGUAAAUGGAGCUCAACAUUCCAUGUAAAUAUUUUAUUUCAGUUCAUAUGCUGAUAAAGCCAUGAGGUUUUGCAGUUUUAUUCUAAAUGUGUAUUUAAUGUGUGGGCCAUUGCAUUUGGCUUAGAGUCUUAUAAAACAAAUGAAAUACAAGAAACAACAGCAGAAUCCCUGGGAGUCUGGAAAAGUUUAUGCAAGAAUUACAGAUGUACUGAGUCCCAGUAUGAGCAGAUGCUCUGCUUGAACAGCUCUACUGUAACUUCUGUCAAAUUUCACCAUUUUCCUGGUGGACUUAAACUUUUUUUGUAACAUAAAUAGGAAUUAAAUUAAUUGCAUAGAGAUUAUCUUAGUUGAGAAAACAUGUUCUAUUUUUUUUUUAAAUCACUGAAAAUCAAACUAUUUAUCAGGGGAUAUGGAAUUCAGCAGGUCAGUUUGCCUUUUUCUGUGAGAUGCCAAGUGACUUCAUCAUAUCUAGAAAUGGAGAGGACCCUUGGCAUCUCUCAGGAUGUGGCCAUUUCCAACAGGAGGGACUUUAGUCCUCACUAAAACACUAUUGGCAUUGCUCCUAACUCAGGCUGUCUUGGAACAUUGGGGUACAGUCAACGCUUGCAUAAGGGACCUGCUUUUCUCUUUGUGAAGUAGAUGCUAGAAUAAUCUGCAAACUCCUUGGCAGGGACAGUUCUGGCUGUCCUGCAGGCUGUUUUUCCUGUCUUUUUGAAGCUGAUUUAUUUCCCAUUACUGGGUCGGUGUGGUCUGGGAGGAUCUGGAGCACAGCUCAGCUGUCCUGGGCAGCUCCCAGAGCCACCGACCCUCUGAUCCCAGCACAUCCUGGCAGGAGGCUCCCACAGCCAUGGCUGCCUGCCCCCUCUGAGCCAGGAGCCAGUUCCUGAAUGGGAACACCUGCAGAAGAAAGGGAAUCUCAAAAACAUAGAGCCAACCAGCAGAGUAAAACGUGCACAGUCUGUGACGAGUCAGAAACGGUUUUAAUUACAUUACUAAAUUGCUCUUUAAAAAUCAACGUUAUUGCAUUAUUUAGCUUCAAAAGCUAAAAAUUAAAGCCCUCCAUGAGGCAGGCAGAGAUGACAGUAGGUUUAGGCAGAAAAAAUAUCUUAGUCAAACAGUUUCAACAGGACAGGAGCCUGCUUACCAUGAUGGAUCCUGAGCUGUGCUGAACUGUUCUGGGAUACCAAGGGGAACAGGGGGGUGGAUUGUUCCUUUGACUUAAGAAUUUGGGAAUGAAGACAACUAAACAUGUUUCCAAUAUUCCACAUAUUCAAGUUGUGCUGUGUGGGUUUUUAGAGAAAUGUAUGUUUUGACAGUCAAGUCCAGAUGUUUUUAUUGUGUUCUAGCUGUUUGCUGUAGUCAAACAAAGGGUAGUGUUUUUUAAUAUUGUACCAAACUCUAUACUUGAAUUCACCAUCAGGUCCUUGGUUGAUGUCUUACCUGAAAUCUGAUCUUACCUUCUUAUGCAAAACAAUAAAUUAUUGAUAUACCACUGAA